UCUCCGCCCCUUUCUCCUCCCCUGAUUCUUAUAAUUACUAUAUAGAAAAAAUGGGGCUAACUAGCGGGGAACUGGGUGGAUACAACACGAUUCACAAUGUAACAUAAGUGGAGCGAUAUAAAGAAUGGGCAGAGAAAGUCUAACCUAAUCGGACUUUAGAAAUGUGUUGUUGACCAGACAAAGGAAGAGUUCUACAAAACAAGGUGCUCAUGAAGAAUGGAACUAACCAUGUUUAACAUUUAACUUUGGUCAUUGAACACACCCUAAUGGAUUACGUAAGCUCUGCUGAACCAGAUGUUGAUGCCUUCAUCUGCACAGAAUGUGGGGAUGGCUUCAGGCGCUACCUUGACUUGGUUAAACACAUUACUGUUCAUGAACGACUCAGGACUUAUGAACGAACAGAUUCAUUUUCCCUUGACAGUUUGCCCAAUGGGUUUCAAGUUCCCCGUGAGUAUGCUCUCCAUGAAAAUGGAACUUUCAUAGUGGUUGACAGAUCUGGACCAUCAAACAACCCUUCUGUCAAGCAGCCAUCUUCAACUUCUUCACCUUAUCAGAAUUCAAAGACCAUUGUACUUACAAGUAAACCAGCCAAAACUGAUCUACGUGUUAACACAGUAUCUCACUCCCAGUGCCGCAGUGUCUCUCCUCUAAAACAGUACCGAUGCGAAACAUGUGGAAAAUCGUUUAACAACAAGCUGAGUUUACAACACCAUCAACAGUAUCGGAAUUUAGAGCAAGGUUUUAAGUGCACCUUGUGUUGCAAGAUCUUCACAGAUAAAGAGAGGCUAAGGGAACAUCUCCAAGAACAUGCCCAUGAAAUAUUUUACUGCUGUGAUCAGUGUGGAAAACGCUUUCUGAAACAAGAGACACUGUAUGCUCAUCAAAAAGAGCAGCAUGGAUCGCUGGGGUUCAAACAAAUGGGGAAGUCAGACAAUAGUCAAGAGAACAUAAUACAGAAAACAUAUCCCUGUAAGAAGUGUAAUCUGUGUUUUUUCUGGCUCUCCGACAUGCAGAGCCACUUACUCAGUCAUUCCAAAGACAAACCAUUAUCUGUGAACUCUUCAUCCAAAAUCGAGCAACAGUCUCAGAAAGAUGAGCUAUCACAUACCAUAGAGUACAGCGACAGCACCCCUACCGAUGUGACCAAACAGUACAGCAGCGGCACCCCGACUACCGAUGUGACCAAACAGUACAGCAGCGGCACCCCGACUACCGAUGUGACCAAACAGUACAGCAGCGGCACCCCUACUACCGAUGUGACCAAACAGUACAGCAGCGGCACCCCUACUACCGAUGUGACCAAACAGUACAGCAGCGGCACCCCUACUACCGAUGUGACCAAACAGUACAGCAGCGGCACCCCUACUACCGAUGUGACCAAACAGUACAGCAGUGGCACCCCUACUACCGAUGUGACCAAACAGUACAGCAGCGGCACCCCUACUACCGAUGUGACCAAACAGUACAGCAGUGGCACCCCUACUACCGAUGUGACCAAACAGUACAGCAGGGGCACCCCUACUACCGAUGUGACCAAACAGUACAGCAGGGGCACCCCUACUACCGAUGUGACCAAACAGUACAGCAGGGGCACCCCUACUACCGAUGUGACCAAACAGUACAGCAGGGGCACCCCUACUACCGAUGUGACCAAACAGUACAGCAGGGGCACCCCUACUACCGAUGUGACCAAACAGUACAGCAGUGACGCAACUGUCGAUGUGAAGACCCAAAAUGGCAAAUCUGAUUCCAAAACACCAUCCUCUUUCAGACCAUACCGCUGUGGUUUGUGUGGAGAUCGCUUCCAGCAGUUAACGGACUUGAAGGAGCAUCAUCUUACCCAUCAAACACAGGAAGAAAUUGACAAGUUAAAUAAGGAUUCAGAGUCACAAGGAGUUGUAAAAAAGUGGCAAAGGUAUACUCGCAUUGAGUGCAUCGUAACAAAAGCACCUGCAAGGAAGGGAGGAAGGCCCCCACUUUAUAAAAAAGGCUCUGGGACAAAAUUACAUCCAUGCAAGCACUGCCACCGUGUAUUCAGUCACUCAAGUAGUCUGUCUCGGCACAAUAGAUCCCACAAGGGGACUCUUCAUACUUGUGUUCUCUGUGGGAAACAUUUUCCACAACGCUGUGAUGUCCGGAGGCAUAUAGCCAUGUAUCACAAACCUGAAUUAGAGAAGAAGCCAAGUCUUAAGUACUUGGCAUUGCAUUCUAAACCAGAUGGUGGUUCCCAAUUGAAUUCUGAUGUGUUGGAACAGAAUGUGUCAUCUAAAAUAAAACCCAAAAAGUCUUUAGACAGUGUUGUUACAGAAUUGGACAGUGACAAUGGUGAAGAUCAGCAAACCACAUCUACUGGAGAAGUGUCCGCUGCUCCUAAGGUACGGAGGAACUACAAGUGUGACCAAUGUGGGAAAAAGUUUGGGCUGCUGUGUGUGUACCAACGGCAUUUGCGGUACCACAAAAGGGAACCAGGUAGUGAAAUGGUUAAGUGCCCUCACUGUCCAAGUCGCUUCCGGAGUUCUUCUGCUCUAGGACGCCAUCUUGAGAUUCACCCAAGUCAAUUAAGGGGGGAAAUGGACAUGGAAGGACGGGCAUCUCCCACUGCUGACUCCAAUCCAGACCUGGACUCUGACCAAGACAAUGUAAAGGAUUUAGUGGGUCAUGGGGACAUUGACGAUGUCAUGGGUGGGAAAGGUGAAAAAAUUGGUCCAGCAGAGGUGCUGUACGAAUGCACUGAGUGUACAGAGACCUUUUCCUCCUUGCAGAAGUUUCUGAAGCACCAGAGUUCUCAUGGGUCCGAUAACCUUGGCUAAUGGAAACUAUGCAUGGUAUUUAUAUCUGGAGGUCCGAACCCUAACUUGAGAUCAAUACACAUACCACAUAUUGUUGCACUGUUAUGCAGACUUUACGAAAGUCCGAGUUACGUGCACGUCCCAAGUUAGGAUUCUUGCCUUGAUGCUGGAGCAGUUGAACAAGUGUUUAAUUUUUUUAUUUUUUUUAACAAUGACUUGAGGAACUACAACCAGUAUGGUUCUUGGGGUGGGUGGGUCAUUCAUUCUGAACCAGAGUAGGAUGACAUUGAUGUAGCACUGCAUAGAUCGAGAUGGUGACUUAAGAACUGGGAAUUACUGAGAUUUGUAUUUUCUACAAUCAUGUGAAUUUGAGGUUAGUUUUGUAUCAAUGUUUUAGAUUGUUUUGGUUACUUCAGUUAAACCUUUGACAAUACCCCUGGAAAUGCCAUGGGAAUAAUGCCUUAAUAUGCUCAUUAUUGAAGCUAGUAGUCGAGCACAAUUUGCUAAAGACCCAUGGACCCAUGCAAACCGUUAAGAUGGUCUGCGGUAACAAUGACUGUCCAUUUUGUAAAGUAAUUAGAAAUGUUUUUUUUACAUGUGCAUUUCCAUUGGGAUUUCACUUAAACUAUUUAAGAGAUUAUUUAUUUGCAAUUGCCAAGCCUUUACAUACAUGGUGUCUUUCUCAAGAUCAGAAAACCUGUCAGGGUGAGAUGUUCCCCAACUGCCAGACCAGGAAUGUUGGUAUCAUUUUGAAAGGUUUUCUCAUGCAUCAUCUUUUCACUAUAUUGUGGCCAUGUCUCUCAAUUCACAAACUGGUUCUGUUAUCUAGAUCUGUGGUUCCCAAUGAGGGGUACUAGGACCUCUGGGAGUACUUAGCCUAUCCACAGGGGGUACUUGAGACCAUAGGCCUACUGUAAAAUGCACAUGAGGGGGUACUUCAGGGGUUGUCUGGGCAGAGCAAAAUUCAGUUGGUGGUACAGUAACCGAAAAAGAUUGGGAACCACUGCCCUCGAUGAUUUCUGCUGCCAGUCCUCCGGGUGGCCACGGAUCUGUUAAUGCAUGAUCAUGUUUUUCCUUAGGACACGACAAGGUCCAGUGAUUCCAAUGCAAGCCACACUUAGCAUUGUGAUGUAAAUUAGCCUUUUCAAAUGGUACUGUUGCUUCCUUUACUGCCUUCCAAACAAAUGCAUUGGCCCUGAUUUUAAAUGUUUAUUUUUAUGCCAUUAAAGUUUAAAGAAAUGUA